GUACCCCGGGGAUCUCAUGUGAAAAUGACGUGCUUCUCCCAGAACGCGAGGACCUCCUCGGAAGAGCUAGGCGAACCCAUUUCUUUUGGCCCGAGGCCUUCGAGGCCCAUCAUUGUGCAUGCUUAAUGCAUUUCUAUAUUGAGAAGAUAGCGCCGCUGGCUGAUAUUGGUGAUCCCCUGCGAAAUGGAGCCUUGGUUGUCCCUGCUAGGGCAAGGAUGUGUCCGCCUUUGUUGAACGCAAUCCUCACCUGCGCUGCGAUCGUAUUGUUCUCCUCACCCACGUACCGCACCGAAGAUGGGGUGUGUCAAUAUCGAGGUGUGCUUCUCCCGUCGUUGACAUACGCCAGAAUCUUACAGCAUCACAAUGCUUGCGUCGCCAACCUACUUGAACUCUGCGACCACACUGCUUUUGCUGAAGAUGAGAAUCUAUUAGCGGCGCUCGUCAGCUUGAGGUUCCAUGAAGAAAUGGAUAGCCGAUACCAAACAGGAGAAGACAAGGAGAGGCUUCUCACCACUUUACGAAUUUUCUUGAACGCGCAGACAAAGAUCAUCUUACAACAAACCGAUCCUCGACUAUCAAGUCAUAGUGCUAUCGACCAACCUGUGCUGCCGUCCGCUCCAUCAAUUGACUAUUUGAAGAGCUUCAGACACGCCCUGUUUCGAAAUGCGCUAAGACAGGAGCUGACAGCGGCAUACAUGACGCAACGUGGUGUCCAGUACCCGCUGGUGGCAUGGUCUUUUCUUGAUACCAUUGAAUCGUCCGACUAUGAGGAUUUGAUUUGGUCAGAUCGACAUUUGCUUCACUGCGCUCGGGUCCUUGACUUCUGCUACGACGCGAAGGAAUCUGAUGCGGUGAGCAACGUGCAAAGAUGGACAGACUUGAAAGGCUAUGAAGCACGUUGGGAAGAACAAAUGCCAACCUCCUUUCUUCCUCUUUUCGAGGAGAGCCCCUGCAGCGCACCCGGCCCGCUACUCUAUCGCGUUUGGUAUCUGUCAACCCUGCACCUUACGGCCGUGCAGUUCCUCGAACUUUCCCGCAUUCUGCUUUUAGCAACGGACCCUACAAUACCACGCUUAGGUCCACGGGCAGUAGUUGCGAAGCAGCGAAUAUCCAGCGAAAUCAAACGUAUUGUUCUCCAUGUUUGCAGUAUCGCAAUAUCAUACGAAGAGUUAACGCCAGCUUGGGUUCAAGCGUCCAUGGCGAUAUUUAUUGGCGGUGAGUUUUUCACUGAUACCGAGGAGCAAGAUGUUCUUUUAGGUGUCCUGCACCGCCUUGAAAAAGACCACGGCUGGCCAUCCUCUCACAUCGCCACGAGGCUCAAGCAUGCAUGGAAGCAGGGACAUUCUUCGUCCACCCAUCCGGCAUGAAUUUGGCCUCUGUUUUGCACUCAAGUUCGGUCUUGGGAGCCGCUGAAAUGCCAUGCAGCGCCACUCCGAACAUGGCAAUCGUUUCUGGGCCUCUGUCCAC